CUCGACUCAAACGCUUGUCCUUGCCUCUGCCUGCACCGUCCGGAAUACGCCCCGACUUUGCAUCCUGCCCCGUCUCAGCCGCGCCUACCCCUCUCCCACUUGCCCACUCUCGCCCAAUCAACUCUCCACCAGUGGCUACCUCGUUCUGGCCUGUGUUUUCGUCGUUCUGGUCUCCGUCAGCUUGUGUUCUUCGCUCUAACCCGCAAGGCGCCCAUCGCAGCCCAAGUUGCAUCUGCUGUUUCCCGUUCUACAUCGCUUCGCCUCUGUCAGACUGCCUCGUCACUUUGUGGAUCUAUGGGGACUCUUCAAAGUCGCCUUGCCGUCGCCGCGAUCCUAUGUAUAUGUGUCCAACACGGUUGUUACCAGCCCCUCACGCCUUCGUCUGUACCACCCUCACGGUCGCCGUGCCCUCCACUUGUCUGCUGCUGCAUCGCCAUAGCUUCCCGCGCUCUUCCCAGCAUCUGGAUCCCGAUUCGCCUCCCUCCAUCCCCGCCUCUUACCUCGAAUGGUACCGCGCUGUACCCUUCCUGUCUAUCCUACUUCCGGCUCAUUGCCAUCGACUCUGGCAGCCUCGUCUCACGACCGCCGUGCCUCGGCUUCCCGUCUUCCCCUCGUCUUGUGAACUCAUCGCCUUAUGUCAUUACGCCUCCCCCGGUCACGAUUCGCGUCCUACUUGACUUAUCAGAACGAUUUCCCCUAGUUUCCUUUGGUCUUGUCCCUCGGAUAGAUAUGUAUCUCCUCUUCGCCCUUGGACUUUCUGGUCUUUGUCUCUUGUGCCUGAAACGACUCUAUCAUACUGUACUAUGCGUAUUUUCGGUCUCGUGAGGACAGGGGCUGCAUUCCAGCACCGGACGCGGUGUUGUGGU